AUGGUUGCUGCACUGCUUGAGCCAAGUCUGUAUAGCGAGCAGGACAAUAUUCGUGCGCUGGACAACAGCAGCUUGGAGCUGCAGCUGCUGCAAUCGCCCAAGUGUGCGCUAGUGGAGUUUAUCAAUUAUUUCUGCGGCGACUGCAGACGCUAUGCGCCCAGCUUCAAGCGCCUAGCUGCGCAGCUCUACAACUGGCAGCGCGUGAUUGAAGUUUACGCUGUGGACUGCGCGCAGGAGCGCAAUGUGCGCAUUUGCCGUGAGUUUAACAUAAGCUCAACGCCUACGCUGCGCUUCUAUGCGCCGCACUUUCAACGCAGCGAGCAGCAGCUGGGCGUGGCUAUCAGCAGCUUGCAAACGGAGAGCAUAUUGCAGCAGUUAACUGAGCUGCUAGCAAAUAUUACGUAUACGCAUGCGUCGCAGCCUAACUUUGCGCCCAUUAGCAGUGUCGAGGCAGCUCAAGCGCUGCUAAGCAGCUGCCAAACUGAGCAGCUAGCGCUUGUACAUAGCUCCGUGGCUAAGCGCAUUAUAUUGGAGCUGCUGCCUUGGUCCAUGCUGAGCGUGCGUGCAUUAGCUCAGCCGCAGCUAUUCGACAGCCUUGGCUUGGAUGGCAACCAAACUAAGUUAUGCAUAGUAAACUGUGCGGGUCAAGCUGCAGCUUUGCCGCUUGCCAACAACAGCGUCGCUGCUUAUUUGGCAAGCAUCAGCGACUUGCUGCGUGCUCGCGGCUUUGCGCCUUUGCCUGCUUUGCCUUUGAGCAACAGCUCAGCGCACAGCUCCGACGAAUUUUACUUAAAUGCUGAGCAGUCCGCGUUACUCGCGCAUGUGCUGCACUCGCCGCCGCGUGUUUAUCGCGCUGAUCUGGAGCAAGCCAUUGAUAAGCUGCUGCACAUUGAGCUGCCCAAGGUGCGUUUAUUUCAAGGCGACAGUUUGCUGGCGCUGCAGCGUCUGCUGCACUUGCUGCAGCUGCACAAUCCGCUCAAUCGCAGUGGCAAGCUGCUGCUGCAACAGUUGCACGCCUUUGUUAGUUGCCACAAUGCGUCAAGCGAGCUGAGCGGCUUGGCGCUGCAGUUGCGCGUGCUGCAGCUGCAGCAGCAAUUGCCCAAAAUCUUCAAAGCUCAGCGUUAUGUUGGCUGCGUCGCCUCGCAGCCGCUGCUGCGCGGCUUUACUUGCGCGCUCUGGACGCUAUUUCAUUAUCUUAGCGUGCAGUCAGCCAGGGCGCAGACUUUGCCAGGCGGCGUCUUCUUGGCCAGCGUGCACGGCUUUGUUAAGCAUUUUUUUGGCUGCUCCAAUUGCGUGCAACACUUUUUGGCCAUGGCCGAGCGUCGUCAGUUGUUUGCAGUGCGCCAGCGAGAUGCAGAAGUGCUUUGGCUAUGGCAAGCGCAUAACGAGAUUAAUCAGCGCUUAGCUGGCGACAGCACCGAGGAUCCCAAGUUUCCCAAACAGCAGUUUCCCAGCUACAGCGAGUGCAGCAAUUGCCGCGAGUCCAAAUCACAAAAUGCCAGUUGGCUGCCGUCGCAGGUGCUCGCGUUUCUGCAGGACUUUUAUAGCGAACAAAAGCUGAGCAAUUAUGGACUGCCCACAACAAAUGGAUAUGAUUAA